AAGUACAUGAGAUCUUUUGUACUCCACUGACGGACCACUGCAGUCAACGGUUGAUUGUGAGGAGGAUAACCAGAAACGUUAUUUCUGCCAUGAGAAGUUGCAGUCAUUGCAGUCAUAUAAAAGGAAACCGGGAACUGUGGUGUGAAACGUGAGGAGCUAAGGACAGAUUUCACUACAACUUUUUGAGUCAAUGGACCUGGUGUGGUUUGUGAUUCUUGGCACCUCUGUCAUGACUGCUGUUGACUCUGCAUGUCCAGAGCACUGCCAAUGUGUCGACAUGAAAAUCCGUUGUCAAGGCUAUAUGAUAAAAGAAUUUCCGUCCUCAAUUCCAUUUACCGCGAUAAGCCUCUUGAUUACCAACACCAGCAUAACAACAUUAAAACCAGCUGACUUUGAAACAUUUGCUGAUACGCUCAUUGCAUUUCUAGCCAAGGAUACAAGAAUAGCCGAGGUGCAGCCAUAUACCUUAAACCAAACCCAGAGUCUUGUAACCUUGGUUUUAAGCGGGACUGAUCUAACCUCUUUACCAGAAAAUCUGUUUGAGAAUCUAAAGAACUUAUCAACUCUGACACUAAGUAACAACAAACUGUCAGUCCUUCCGCCCACCCUUCUCAACCCGCUUACAGCUUUGACCAAAUUAGACCUAAGCAGAAACCAACUUGUCUCUUUAGCAGAGAAUGCAUUUUAUGGUUUAGGUCAGCUGCAACAGCUCAUGUUGCAAAGAAACUCUAUUAGAGAGCUUAGCAGAGGUGUUUUUCAGGGACAUCGUAAACUUAAAGCUCUGUUCCUGCAGCUAAAUAAUCUGAUGGAGAUACCAGCAGGAAUCUUUGAUGACCUGGUGAACCUUGAGAUGUUGCACCUUCAAGACAACAAAAUCACACGGCUACCAUCAAAUCUCUUCACAAAUCAACAGAAGUUGAAGAAACUCUACUUCUCCAACAACAGGUUAUCAUCACUUCCCGGUGGAAUCUUCUUGAGUCUUCCCAAUUUAUCUCAUAUCUCACUGUACGAGAACCAACUCCAAAGUCUGUUGCCUGGGACCUUUGGUUCAAUGGUUCUUCAGGAGCUGUGGCUGUACGACAACAUGUUAACUCACCUAGAGGAGAAUGUUUUUAGCAACUUAACUGAAGUUCACCUUUUGGUACUUACUAGGAACCAGAUUCAGCACAUUUCUCCUGGAGCCUUCAAUGGUUUGGUGAACUUAGAGGAGAUCUCCCUUCACACAAAUCGUCUGACCAGCAUUACGGGGGGGAUUUUUAAAGACCUUCCAAAGUUAACUAGCAUAUCCCUGGAGAACAAUGAAAUACAUCAUAUUCCCACUGAUCUCCUAGAUGGUGUGUCUCAUUUGUAUCAGAUAGAGCUUCAAAACAAUUCUCUAGCAAACUUGCCAAAUGAAUUUCUAAACUCGUUGUCUGUGGUCGAUAAUGCUAUACUCUCUCAAAAUCCCUGGAGGUGUGAUCAUGACAUAAUACCGCUUAGGGACUCGCUUGAAAAGUACCCAGAAAAAGUGAAGAACCUUAGUUCUUUUGUGUGUACAAUUCCCACACACCUGAAUGGCAGGAACAUAAGAGAACUUAGGGACGAUGACAUCCUCGCCACUCAGCCACCAACUGUGACAACAUUUCACAUUUCAUCAAGUACACCAGCAGAUAGUAAGAGUGGCGAAGGGGGUGGUGAGGCUGGGGGUCUGUCGAAAGACACAUUCAUUACCAUAAUUUCUGUUGGCUGUACUGCUCUUAUUGUCAGUGUCAUUGUUUACGUGUUAUGGAGGAGGAACAGGCGGGGCAGUCAGGAUCUGGACCGUGAAAGAAAUAAAAACUCAGUCAUUUAACACUAAUGAAAAGCUUUUGUAAAGUAUCAUCAACAUUGAGGUUCAUUAUUUACAGUUAGGAUCAGAGGUGGGUAGAGUAGCCAAAAUCUUUACUCAAGUAAAAGUACAAGUAGGCAAGCAUUUAUCAUUGCUGGCAAACAAUAUGACGCAUUUGCAGUUUUGGUUUGAUAGAUAUAGAUUCAUAUCCACUUCAUCCAACGCUCUUUGUGUUCUGUGUGUUCUUAAGUUUCCGCUACGAGGAGUGAAUAACCCGCCGCUUCAGACGAUUCAGAUUGUGCUGCGGACUGAACAAAUCAUUUGAACUGCUUCGUGAACCUAUUCAGACGGUUUUGCCCAUUGUUCAAUUAAUGCUUUCAAAAGAAUCGACACAAAAGAAUCAAUCACUCGGGAAUGCAUGUAAAAAGAGACAAAAUAAACGACGCAUUUUAUAAUGCAUAUGUAAAAGAAGGAACAAAGGAACGUCACGCAGUGUAACGAAGUAAAAGUACAGAUUUUCUAUUAGAAAUAUACUCAAGAGUAAAAGUACACACUUUUAAUUUUACUUUAAAAGUACAUAUUUUCCAAAAUGUUAAUCAAGUAAAUGUAACGAAGUAAAUGUAGCACGUUACUACCCACCCAGGGUCGGUCCUAGACCAUUUGGUGCCCUAGGAGAGCUUGACUGAUGGCGCCCAUUCCUCACGAGAAAAAAACUCAUGUCCAAAGAUUUGCACAUUUAUUUAAACAAUGAUAAUACAAACAAUAUUACAAUAUGUGCAAAAGAAUAAACCUGUUCAAUAAUAAAUAUACAAAAAAUAAACUUAACUUUUAACUUUAAGAGUAGUGCAACAUCUGAGAACAAAAAGUGCGCACUAAAGAAUCAAAACAAAAAAUUAAACUAACAAUAAAACAUUGUGUGCAAAAUUAGAUACUGUAAAAUGUGAUUCAUAUAACCUAUUAAUCAAAAUAUAAUAUACAAAAUAAAUGGCUGUUCCUGAUCUGAUGAUUCAGCUGCAGGUGGUCCCAAAUAUUUUAAUAGUGAAUCUAAAAUUAUAUAAAAAACAAGUGUAUUAUCAACAAGUAAAUCAUUUCCAUUUUUCAAAUGGUAUUAUUAUUAAGUUGCUAAGCAUUUAAUUUUGACAUUCUUUUUAUAUAAAUUCACUUAGGAUGUGUCCGAAAUCACUCACUCACAUGAAUGCUCGGUGAAUUUAAUAAAUAUAUAAUCAAAAUUACGUACCUUUCUCUUUUGCACGCUUCUCCUGCUCUUCUUUUCUGCGCUUUCGAAACUGCGCCCCGGAUGACUUUUGCCGUUUCAUUUUCCAUAGCUGUAACCCGUGGACACACAGCCGAGCUGACCGACCGACUGCGCAUCAGUGUGUGCGCUAGCAUGUUGUGACCGCUAAUUGACAGCUAAAGGUCACAUCAGAAUUGUCAUUUCUUUUACUUAAGUUUAAUUGAUUUUUUAUGUCAAAGUAUUGUUGUAGAUAGAGGGAUGGCAAAAACUGUUGAAAAAAAUAAAUAGACAUUAUAAUUUUAAUUAUAUAUAUUUUUUCUUGCCGCAUAUCUGGCGCCCCUCACUAGAUGGCGCCCUAGGCAAGCGCCUAUGUCGCCUGUAGGAAGGACCGCCACUGUACCCACCUCUGGUUAGGAUUUAACUGGAUUUAUGGUGGGCAAAAAAAGAUAUAAGUGGGCUCAUGACAAAAUAUGUGUCAUUUUGCCAUUGUGUGUGUAUAUUUGAUAGUCAUAAACUCAUUAAUCUAACAUGAAUGUACUAUAGAAAAAUGUAUUAUAUCUGUUGUCUGUUUUUGUCAGUAUUAAUGGUUACAUGCUUUUCUGCAAUUCUGAAUAAAUCCUUUUCUCCACAAAAAAAUUGCAGAAGCAUAUCUUUCGCAUUGUUUAUUUAAAAUGGAAGUAAAAUAAACCAUGAAUCAUCAGGAUGUCGACAUUUUGGUAUGCACGUAUGUUAGGCAUGUGGGUGAGUGGUCUUAAGAGGCCAUGACCUUGGUGAAUGUUUUGAAAUGGCAACAACAACCUGUUAAGAAAUGUGACCCUGGACCACAAAACCUAAUUAGCACAGGAAUAUUUGUGGAAAUAGCCAACAAAACAUUGUAUGGGUCAAAAUUAUCGAUUUUUCUUUUAUGCCAAAAAUCAUUAGGAUAUUAAGUAAAGAUUACGUUCCUUGAAAAUAUUUUGUAAAUUUCCUCCCGUAAAUAUAUUGAAACUUUAUUUUUGUCAGUGGAUGCAGCAAAAUUGCUGACAAAAAUGACCAGAAACAUCUACAAUCUUGGCUCGCUGCUGCGCACGAUUUGGAAAUUACCCACUCAAGUUUGGUAUCUAUGUAAAGCUUAGAAAAUCUGCCUUUGGGUUCAUCUCUCCACAACGUCAUUACAGCGGUAAGCCAACAGAGAGGGUUAAAACAAUCCUGUUUUUCUUAGCAAUGGCCUGCUACAGUGCCUAUGAUGAACAACUUCAAA